UGAGUGUGUUUUCAGAAACGAAACCAGAUUGUGCUGAUUGGAAAGGGGUAGACGAAAGGGAAAAAAUAAAUUGCCAGUAUUACAUAUUAUAUGUGAUUUUCUUGUCAACGUCAAGAAUCAGGAGAUGUGAAUCAGAGCAACGGAAAUAUGUUCUGAGGAGGGUUUAAUUUGGAAUGGAGCGAGUUGGCGGGGCUGUGUGACGGGGCUGCGGACGUAGACGACGCCAUGGCCCACUUUGACACAGAGUACCAGCGCCUGGAGGCAUCCUACAGUGACUCCCCUCCGGGAGAGGAGAACCUGCUGGUCCACGUUCCAGAGGGAUCCAAAUCCCAAUGGCACCAUAUAGAGAACCUGGACCUCUUCUUUCAGAGAGUUUAUAAUCUCCACCAGAAGAAUGGCUUCACGUGUAUGCUGCUGGGGGAGAUAUUUGAACUUGUGCAAUUGGUGUUUGUUGUCGCUUUUACUGUGUUCCUGGCAAAUUGUGUGGACUAUGACAUCCUGUUUGCCAACAAAAUGGUGAACCACACAGAGUCUUCCAAAGUGACACUUCCAGACGCUUUUCUGCCAGUAGAUGUGUGCAGUGCCAGGAUCCGGGGGAAUGUCCUGGUUAUUUUCAUCCUGGUGAUCUCAGGAGUCUUCUGGCUCCACCGGCUCAUCAAAUUCAUCUAUAACAUCUGCUGCUACUGGGAGAUCCGCUCCUUCUACACCAGCGCGCUGAAGAUGUCCAUGGCUGACCUGCCAUACUUCACCUGGCAGGAGGUUCAGGCGCGCAUCGUGGAGAUCCAGAAGGAGCACCAGAUCUGCAUCCACAAGAAGGAGCUGACGGAGCUGGACAUCUACCACCGCAUCCUGCGCUUCAAGAACUACAUGGUGGCCAUGGUGAACAAGUCGCUGCUCCCCGUGCGGUUCCGCGUGCCCGUGCUCGGCGACGUCGUCUUCUACACCCGCGGGCUGAAGUACAAUUUCGAGCUCAUCUUCUUCUGGGGGCCCGGCUCGCUGUUCGAGAACGAGUGGAGCCUGAAGCCGGAGUACAAGCGCGGCGGCAACCGCCUGGAGCUGGCCGACAAGCUGAGCUCGCGCAUCCUGUGGAUCGGCGUGGCCAACCUGCUGCUCUGCCCCGUCAUCCUGAUCUGGCAGGUCCUCUACGCCUUCUUCAGCUACACCGAGGUCAUCAAGCGGGAGCCGGGCAGCCUGGGCGCCCGCUGCUGGUCGCUCUACGGCCGCUGCUACCUGCGCCACUUCAACGAGCUGGACCACGAGCUCAUGUCGCGCCUCAGCAAGGGCUACAAGGCCUCCUCCAAGUAUAUGAACUGCUUCAUGUCGCCGCUGCUCACGGUGGUGGCCAAGAACGUGGCCUUCUUCGCCGGCUCCAUCCUGGCCGUGCUCAUCGCCCUCACCAUCUACGACGAGGACGUCCUGGCCGUGGAGCACGUGCUCACCAGCAUCACCCUGCUGGGAGUCUGCAUCACCGUGUGCAGAUCCUUCAUCCCUGACAAACACAUGGUGUUCUGCCCGGAGCAGCUGCUGAAGGUCAUCCUGGCCCAUAUUCAUUACAUGCCUGACCACUGGCAGGGGAACGCCCACCGCUAUGAGACCCGGGACGAGUUCUCCCAGCUCUUCCAGUACAAAGCUGUGUUCAUCCUGGAGGAGCUGCUGAGCCCUGUGAUCACGCCCUUCAUCCUCAUCUUCUGCCUCCGCCGUAAGUCCCUGGAGAUCAUCGACUUCUUCCGCAACUUCACCGUGGAGGUGGUGGGGGUGGGGGACACCUGCUCCUUCGCCCAGAUGGACGUCCGUCAGCACGGCCACCCCGCGUGGAUGUCAGCAGGGAAGACGGAGGCGUCCAUCUACCAGCAGGCGGAGGACGGGAAGACGGAGCUGUCCCUCAUGCACUUUGCCAUCACGAACCCACAGUGGCAGCCGCCCCGCGAGAGCACGCACUUCAUCAGCCAGCUGAAGGAGAAGGUGCACCGGGAGGCCACCGGGGGGCAGCAGGGAGUCCUGGCUGAAAACCACAUUUUCAACUCCAUCCAGUCAGAGUCCGAGCCUCACAGUCUGAUCGCUAACCUCCUGCUGGGGCCUCCCUCCCUGGCAUCCCUCCAUUUGGCGCGGGAGAGCUCCACCAAUCACGUGUCAGGAGUGGGUGUGAGCGACGGUGCGUCGGCCCUGCGGUCUCUGUCCCCUCUCAGCACCAGCCAGCACCUGCGCGGCAGCUACGUCUCUGCCCGCCUGUCCCGCAACGACAGCGCGGCCCUCGCGGGGGCCAGGGCCAUGGCAGGCUCAGGAGCUGACGCCCGCACAGCCAGCUCAGGCAGCAGUGCAUGGGAGGGUCAGCUGACCAGCAUGGUCCUGUCAGAGUACGCCUCCACAGAAAUGAGCAUCCAUGCCCUGUACCUGCACGAGCUCCAUAAGCAGCAGUCCCGGGGGGAGCUGUCCCGUCACACGUGGCACAGGCAGGACAGCGACGAGAGCAGUGAAAGUGUUCCGGAUGACGGCGAGCUCCCCCGCAACCUGCCACGUUCCAACACCUUCCCCUGCGCAGCCGCGCCUCACCAGGAGGGGGCGCCGCUGCAGACGAGCUCACAGCGUCGCUAUGGAGGAACAGCAGACUUGGUUGGUGGGGCAUCCCGAGCCGCCCCAAGGUCUUCCCGGCUCCCCAUGGGUGGCUGGGCUGAGGAGGCCCAAGCAGUCCGGCACCACGACCCGGUUCCAGAGGAAGGCUCUGAGGACGAGCUGCCACCACACAUACACAAGGUGACAUAACUGACAAAGACAGCAAGCAUCACUAUUUAAGAAGGGAUUUUCUGCUACUGUAUGUUACAGACUGACAUUCCAUCGUUUGCAACUGACAACACAAACUCAUUUUAAACCGCUUGUACUGAAACCCAAGAAGUGUCGCUUGGCAUUCUUUCUUGCAUCUCAUACGAGGCAUUGAAAAUCCUCUUUUUUCAUUAUAUUGGAGAAGCAGAUGAAAUUAUAGGCACUGUACAGAUUAACGGAUAUGCCUAUAAUCAAAAGACAGCAUGAACAUGCCAAACAGGAACAGGAAGUCAAUGUCAAUAUAAUACAUGACACCUGUGAAAGCUCACAUUUAUCCACAAUCACAACCACUGACAAUGGGAGAGAUGCAAUGGCAGAGAGAGGAGAUGUGGCUCCAUUCACACUGGUGGGCUCUUCCAUACCUACAGAGAAGGUAGGAAUUGCCUCGAAAACACUGGAUCCCCCAAUACCGACAACUGGCUACAAAAUCGGCAAAAAAAUCAACACUGAAACACGGAAAUAAAGGCUUGGAGCUAACACAAGCAGACCACAUGAAGUCAGCUUUAGCUAAGAGCUGGACUGCCCUGAGAGUACUGUGAUACCAGCCAUAGGAAAUAGGUGCAUGUAUCUCCUUUCCUUUCAUUGGAUGACUGCUAAGAUCCAUCACCCCACCAGACCACUAAAGCCCACCAAUAAUGCAUCCAUUUUGGUUCAGUGCCACCUGUUUGAAUCAUAUGUUCAAAGAUCUGUUAUUGUAGGAAUAAGAAAUUACAUAGUUCCACCCAUAUUCAAACUUGGUCCUCACAUUUGAGUAACAAUUUUUUUCAAGUAUUACUUCUUUAUACUUGCACAUGAGUUAGGCAGUUGCUGAAACCAAUGAAAUAUAUUCUGUAAUUUGUGAAAGCGAAGGACUUGCUUAAAUUUGCUACUCAAAUUCACAGAGAAAGCAAGAUGUGGUUAGGCAGAGUCAGAGUGUAUUUUGCCAACCUGGAGCUGGGAGCAAUACGUGUCUUUACCAUAAAACUGGUUAUAGUCUUUGUAAACCACAUUUUAAUCAGACUUCAUUUUAAUUGUGCUUUUUCUCAUUGGAAUAAUUAAUAACAACUAAUAAUGGUGAUAAUAAUAACAAUCACAUUACAUCAAGAAAUGAACAGAUGUUUGUUGAGGAACAGGAAAACAACAUUUCAUAAUCACAUUACUGUAAGAAUUCAGAACAAUAGUUGUGAUGAUUGUCUCAUCAGCUUGUCAGCAGGCACAGUUCAUGUAUAGAUUUCAGUAGCCUGUAUUAUUGCUAUUUCAGCAGACUGCUGCUGUGUCUAACUUGCAGUAUGCUUUUUAAAAAGGGAAUUAAUAUGAUUAAUAAUGACAGCAAUCACAAUAGCUCUCUAAUGAUUUUAUUUACUCUUUAAUAGGAAAGCCAUCUGGGAAUAUGGCAUUACACAGGUGAAAUUCAUAAUUCAUGCUCCAAAUAUGAUUAUUUGGAGUUACACUUAAUCAUUUUAACAAUUACAAGUAAUUGUAAUCCCGUCCAAACAGGAAAAACAAUGUUUGAGAUCAAAAUGCUUCAGUUUAAGAUACUCUCCCAUUGGAGUUGAGUACAUACCUUAAUAGGUGACCUGCACUGAUUUGGAAAGUGCCAUAUGAAACCUACUGUAAGAAAGCGGCAUUUGAAAAAGCCCCAUUUCCCGGAGAAGUGCUGUUUCUGUCAGAAUGUGAGCCAACAAGGCACGGUGAAACUUCCCAAUCUAAUGUUUCUAAGUAAAACCCUGUGCACUUAAUUUGCAUGUUCCUGUCUAUCUUACUGUUUGCACACAUUUAAAAGAGAAUGCACUUUACAUCACUUUAAAAAUCCAAAGGAUAUCUAUUAUGAAUGAAAUUAUUUUUGGUUGUUGAUUUCUAACCUUCUGAGUGGUUUUGGUGUUGCAUUUUAAUAACUUUUUGUACCAAGGGGUGCGCCAUCAGAGACUUCAGAUUUGAGGCGGUUUAGGAGUCUAGUUGCCAUGUAAUUUUGUUAGGAAACAAGCACAGAUGUGACUGUAUUGGAUUGCUUCAGAAUUAAUAGGUUUAACUGUUUGUGGUGUCACGUUCACUCAGCAGUGCACCCUCUCCUCUGAUUGGUUGGAUUCCACAGUCAAUACCUGUGGACCAGUCACGGAGGAGUGCAGGUUUUCUGUAGAGAAAAACACAUUCUCCAUUUUGAGAACUUGGGAAGCUUUGAAGAAUUUACAGCGCAAACAUAACUGGGUGUUUUCACAGGAUGGGGUUUGGGAGUGUGAUUACCUUCUAAUCUUGAUGAAAAAAGCAAUUUGGAAUCUGAAUGUAAAGAGCUGUAAAAUAUUUUUUCUCUGUACAGUCUAAUUUGCCUCACAGACGUGUUCUGUGUUGAAAUGAACUUCUCAGUGUGUAGUGUAGAAUGUUGCCCAAGUAAAUGCAUGAUCUUUGUCAUUUAGCCCGUCAUGGUAGUACAUGAUUGCAUACCGUUUGCCUGAUACUAAGGCACAAUCUCUACGACGACUCAG